UCUAUUCUAAUCCGUGUCCGGCCACGACGGAAAAACCUCUCCUCAUCUUAUCACCCGGCUACCUCCCUCUGUCCCUUCUCUCCUCUCCCCGUCCAGCCCAUAUUUUCUUUUCCUUCAACUUCCACCCUCUCUCCCAUACCCUCCCCCUCUCUUUUUCUGCCUUUCACUAUCUGUCUCUGUCCCUUCCCCGUCUGAAGUACACAACAGAGAGAUGAAAGAGAAGAACCCCUGGCCUACGCCUGUGACCAUCAUCAUCAUCAUUGUGAUUGGUGUCAUAGCGAUUGUUGCCCUGGUGACCGUGGCAGUUUUGCAGAACAAAUCUGUCCCCCAAAAGUACAAGUAUGGGAUUGUGCUGGAUGCUGGAUCUUCCCACACAGCUCUUUAUAUUUAUCAGUGGCCAGCAGAGAAGGAUAACAACACUGGCAGAGUUGAACAGACACACUCCUGCAAAGUCAAAGGUAAAGGUAUUUCCAGCUAUGCGUCUGAACCAUGGAAAGCAGGAGAGUCUCUGAAAGAGUGCAUGGGGGAGGCUGAGAACACUGUCCCCAAAGAAAGAGCUCACGAGACCCCGCUCUAUCUGGGAGCCACAGCAGGAAUGAGGCUGCUGGAUAUUGUGAAUAGCUCGGCAUCAAAGAAGGUAUUUCAGGCUGUGGAGAAAGCCCUGCAGAACUCUCCCUUCUCCUAUCAGGGAGCAAGAAUCCUCAGUGGGCAGGAAGAGGGUGCCUUCGGGUGGGUCACAGUCAACUACUUGGAUGAUCGUCUCAAACAGGGCUUGAAAACAACAGGCGCUCUUGACCUUGGCGGGGCGUCUACUCAAAUUAGCUUUAUAUCCGAUAAUUUUGACGGCUCAGAGUCACCCAUCAACUCUGUCAACUUCCGACUCUAUGGAAAUGAUUAUAACCUGUAUACUCACAGCUUCCUGUGCUACGGAAAAGACCAAGUGUUAAAAAUGGUGCUGGCAAAUCAAACUCAGUCAGGUGCAACAACAGUAUUGGAUCCUUGUUUCCACUCAGGCUACAAUGAGACAAAGAACUACUCCGUCCUUUAUGACAGCCCCUGUGUGUCAGGCAGGAAAGCUCAGGAAGCUCCAGAAAAAUUUGAUCACAUUGGGAAGGGAAACUUCCAAGAAUGCCAGAAAGCUGUCAAAAGUGUAUUUAACUUUACUUUCUGCAAACACAGUCGAUGCUCUUUCAAUGGGGUCUUCCAGCCUCCUUUGCAGGGGCCAUUCGGGGCGUUCUCUGCUUACUACUUUGUGAUGAACUUCCUCAAUUUGACUGAUACAUCCAUGCCCCUUGAAACUGUCAAGGAAAAGCUAAGCCAGUACUGUGGUACCUCUUGGGAUAAGAUAAAGAGGCAGCAUCCUACAGUAAACGUAAAGUAUCUGGCUGAGUACUGCUUCUCAGGCACCUACAUCCUCACCCUGCUGACAGAAGGGUACAAUUUCACUGCAGAGACUUACUCAAACAUAAAAUUCAUCAAGAAGAUAAAAGGCAGUGAUGCAGGCUGGACUCUGGGUUACAUGUUGAAUCUCACCAACAUGAUCCCAGCUGAGGCUCCUGACUCACCCCCUCUCCCCCAUGCUGGCUACGUCUCCAUAGUAACCCUCAUGACAAUACUACUCGUCGGCCUCCUCUUAUUUGUCGCCCUCCGCAUAUUCUGGCCCCGUUGCUCCAAGAAAACACAAAUUGUAUAAGCACUCUGAAACGUAUGUAUGUGUGUAUGCAUGUACAGUUAUGUGCAAAAAUCUCGAGUCACCCCUCAUCUAUUUAUAUUUUCCUUUCAAGGAGCCACGUGUACUUGGUCCAGUCGCUUUUCUUUCCAAGCUCCAUAGACAACCAGAACUUCGAUGACUGAGAACCUACACAAACAAGUAUUAUUUUUAAGCUGUCUUGAGCAAUAGUUCUCUAGACUUCCUGAAGGUCUUUCACAAUUCUUCUUUAGACAUUGGCUGCUUUUUCACUUAUUUUCAGUUCAGUCUUUGUACCUCGCCAUUUAAGAGGAAUUUUUUUGUUUUUUUUUGUUUCUUAAGCCACUUAACGCUGACCUAUGAGUCAUUCAAGUAUAAAAAAAGACACCUAGCUCAAGGGAUGAACUAGUGUUCUGUCAACACAAAACAGACAACUUAGCAAUGAACUCAUUUUAAAUUGUAUCUUUAAGCACUCUGUUAUUAACAGCUGUUGCAAAAACAUAUCAUGUGUUCACAUUUCUUUAAAUGAAUUUGUGAAAAAUGCCAAAGAUGAUACAAUUUGACAGGCACAACAUUUAUUUUUCACCAACAAAGAGCUAUUAUUUUUAAAACUUAAUAUCUCAGCAUCAUGAGCAAUGUGUCCUUAAAUAAAUUGAGGAAACUGGACAAGUGGAGGACAAAGGAAGAAGUGGCAGGCCCGAAAAACAAUCUACAGGAGAUGAAAAGUAUCUUUAAGUGAUUUCCUCAAGCAAUAGGAAAGAAUCCAGCAAAGACUUGACAGAGAACUGGAGAAAUGCAUCUGGCUCUGAUUCUGUCAGAAUUUUAUCCACCAUGCAACAUCAUCUGGAAGAAGCGAUUGGCAGGGAAUUCAUUUUUAGCAUGAUAAUGAUCCAAAAUAUACUGCUUAAACAGUAAAAGCAUACCUGGAUAGAAAAAUACACACUGGAACACUAUCAGUCAUGGAUUCACCUCCCCAGAGCCCUGAUUUCAACAUUACUGAAGCAGUGUGAGAUCAUCUUGCAAAAGAACAGAACAAAAGGCAGCCAACAUCCAAAGAAGAGCUUUGAAUGUCCUUCAAGAAGUUUGGAACUACUUUCUACUCAAACAUUACAAGAAAUCUUGCCUAAGAGAGAAAAGGCUGUGUUAAAGAAUAAAGGUAGUUAUAUCAAAUAUUGACCUUCAGGCUUGUUGCAUUUGUAAAAACUCUGUUUUUUUUGCUUGUGUUUUAUUGUGUUUCCAUGUAUAUUUGUAUGUUUCAUUAAAUCACCCCCCAUCCCCCAUUUUCCAAGCAAGAAAUAAAGACAUGAAGGGUGGCUUAAGACUUUUGCACUGCACUGCGAGUAUGUGUGAGUGGCGAAUGAGGUAGAGGACAUUUGCAAAUGUUUGUGUUUGUGCUGACUGUUUUACUAGGUAGUGGGGAGGUUAAAGGUCAUACGGAUUCAAGGAUAACAGUGUCUCCCACAAAGGAGUAAGUUGUGCAUCCCUGUUGAAGGACAUUUCCUGUAUAAGAGUGUGUGUGUGUGUGUGUGUGUGUGUAUGUUUGAGUUUGAAUGUGUGACACCUGAAAGUGUGCUUGUACCCACGUCAGUCUGCAUUUAAGUGUCUUAAAUAAUGAAUAUGUGAAUGUGAAGAUACUACUGUAUAAAUAAAAUGACUAAAGUUUAUAAAAAAAAAUCAGAUUGGCACUUUUACACUUGUUAAAAACAUAAUCACUCAUACUCUUUAAUGUUUCAUGAUGCAUUUACAUUUUAUCCCAAAUAACAAAUGAUUUUUGAUUAAAAAACAACAACAACCCACAAUUUCAAAGUUCUGCUUUUCAUUGAAUCCCUUUAACAAAAAAAA